AUGUCGUCAGUUAAAGAACUUGAAGCACUCCAUGAACAGGAAUUGCAAAAUCUGGCAGAAGAAAAAGCUAAAGAGUUUGAAAAAAUUGCCAACUCUGGUGCUGCAACAAAGAAAAAGUUUGAAAACAAGUGGAAGGAAAAGUUGAAGGAAGUGGAACAACGUCAUGAGACAGAACUAUGGGAAGCUAAAAUGUCUUCCACUGUUGAUGAUGAAGAGGAUGAAAAAGAAUCAACACCUAAACAAACAAUAUCCAAAGACGGGGAGGAAAAGAAGAAGGCAGAACAACGAAAGUUGAAAAAUGCUAAAAAAAAACAAAAAAAAGUACAAAAACAAACAGAUGCCAGACAACAGGCACAUCAAGAAUUUAUGGAUAGUGGAGGUGUAACACAGAGAGAUGUUGAGAUUGAAAGAAUCAAACAAUAUUUGGAACCAAAUCAAAGUAUUUUUGAAAUUGAUUCCGACGGUCAUUGUUUAUAUAGAUCUCUUGCUGAUCAAUUAAAUACCAAUUUGAAUAAUUCAUUCACCAAACAAUUAUUGGAAAGAGCUAAUAGUGAGCUAUCUGAAAAAAAUAAGAGAGAGCUAAAAAGUUUAACCACUUCUAAUGGACUUUUUACAUAUCUUCAUUUGAGAAGUUUGAUUGCUAACCAAUUGAGGAGAAAAUCUGAUGAAUAUUUUCCAUUUGUUAUGGAUGUUUGUGAAACUAUGGAUGAAUAUGCGAACAUUGUAGAAUCUAGUAGUGAAUGGGGAGGACAAGUGGAAAUUCAAGCUUUUCUUGACUUGUGUGGUAAACAAUUCAUUUUAAAAAUUGUGCAAGAUAGUGGAAUUGUACUUAUGGGAGACAAUUCAAUGACACCUCACCCAAGCAGCUCCAUCCUUUUUGUAUCCUAUCACAAGAGAUAUUAUGCCUUGGGUGAACAUUACAAUAGCAUUAAGACAAUAUAA